GAGGAGGAGGAGGAGGAGGAGGAGUUCAUCUCAGCUCACUCGACUAUCUGUCUCUGACAACAUAAUUGGUUCCUUCAGGCGUUGUUUUUUUUAAUCCAUAUUAAAACUUCUUGCAGUCUGCCACCACCAGCCUGCCAAGUUCUGGAGCUGAGGGGCGCGGCUGCAGGGACCGGUGUCCAAGUCCCAAAUCUCUGUUUUGACUUGCCCUGAGAAAGUUUCGAGUCAAAGCACAAAAGGACGGAGGACUUUAAGAACACCCCAUCACCUCCUCCACCUCCUCUACCACCAGCGCGCACCAAGUUCAACUCGUUAAAACGCAUUAUUAUUAUUCCUCCUCCUCCAGUGGACGGCAUUGGUCGCUCUUGUCUCUGGGAGAGGAUUCAGGAUUUGGGUGUUUGUUGGAGCUGGCUGCAGAUAAGAUGGGAUGGACGAGUUAACAAGACAGAUGGACUUCUCAGGAGACUUGUCAGGAGACUUGUCCGGAGACUUGUCUGGAGAAAGGGUUGUGACAGAAACUAUAACCACCACUAGGAGACUGACUUCCCUCCCUCCAAAGGGAACCGGCGGAUCAAAUCACAGGAAUAUGUCCAGCAGUGCUGGAGGGCUGGGCUUGGAGAAGAAUGUCUUAACCCAGAACAGCAGUGGAACUUAUUUCUCCUCAUCCUCUGUCGGUGUGAACACCAACAGCUACAGCUCCUCCUCAGGAGUUUACCUGGGGGGAGACUCCUCAGGGGGAGGCGAUGGAGGACUGGGGAGUUUCUUGGAUGGAGAUGGGUACGGAAGCGGAGGAGGAGGAGGAGGUGGAGGAGGAGGAGGAGGAGGAAGAGCAGGAAAAGCAGGAAGCGGGGGCAGUUAUCUCGUGAGUUCGGUGUCAAAGGUCAGGUCCAGCUCGUCAGGCGGUGGCAGGAGAGCACAGACCGCUGGCUCGUCAGGAGGCCUGUCGCCAGGUUUCCGAGAGAGGACGAUUAUAACCAGCCGCUCAGGAGGUUAUGACGGAAGUUCCAGUGCAAAUUCCUCCCCAGAAUUUACUCGUAAAGAUUAUGGAAACUACUGCUCCAGCGGUGCAAGAGGGAGGAGCGAAAGCAGAGAGAGCGAGAUCAGAGCCAGAUUACAAAGUGCCUCUCCCACCGCCGGCAGAUGGACGGAGCUGGACGACGUGAAGAAGCUGCUGAAGGGACGCUCCAGCAGCGUCAGCCCCACUCGCUCGUCCAGCGCCUCCACCACCCUGCCUCUCCCUAAGAAGGUCAGCGCGGAAGCCAAGACCGUCUCUGUGGCCACGCAGUCGGUGUCUUCUGCAUUUGGCUCUGGUGUGAGAACCGGUGCAUUCAACACCAUUGAUGCUUCAGGCCUGUAUAAUACCAGUCUGCCAUCUGGGCAGUUUGAUUCUGGCGUAAAAUCAGGCCAGUACGAUGUCACUCUGAUAUCAAGCCAAUAUGACACUGGUGUGAAAUCAGGACAGUUUGAUUCUGCUGUAAAAUCUGGCCAUUAUGAUGUCACUGUGAAAUCAGGGCAGUAUGACACUGGUGUGAAAUCAGGGCAGUAUGACACUGGUGUGAAAUCAGGGCAGUAUGACACUGGUGUGAAAUCAGUCCAGUAUGAUUCCAUGAGGUCAGGACAGUAUGAUACUGGUGUAAAACUGGGCCAGUAUGAAACCAGUGUGAGAUCAGGUCAGUACGGCGGCAGCAUGAGAUCAGGUGAAUAUGACACGCUGGACACCGUACUUCCAUCUUUCUCCUGGUCCACCUCCACGCUGCCCUCCCCCUCCGCCAUGGUGGUCACCGGCAACACCAGCAGCCACUCGUACCAGGUCGGCACCAACAACAGGUCUGGAGGAGUCUCACCGCUCAGCCCCACCUCGCCCUCGUCCCUGUCAGUUUACGGCUUUCAGAAUAAUCUGGCGCCCACCACCGGCACCGUGCUCACCACCAGUGGAGCCAACGUCAGCGCCAACGUUGGAGGUUAUGGCGUUCAGAAAAAUGUGUCAACUGCGACCGGUGUCGUCAGCUCUGGAGUCUCUUCAGUCACUCGAACUCAAAUUGAUGAUACGUAUAAGAACAAGUACUUGAUCUCUGAGAAAGAGAACGUUUCAGCUAAGAGGGACACAGAGAGGCUCAUUCUGGCUAAAGACAGCGGGAAGCAGUUCACCAGCAGCAGCAGCGUUCAUGUAGGAGGAGGGUCACUAUCGGGAGAUUCAAUAAAGAAAGAGAAGCUUAUUUCCAGCUACAGUGAGACGGCUCCACUGAAGUCUGAGACAGGCAACACUUACUAUGGAUCCUCUGGAGUUGUGAUGAAAGACAAAGCCACCUAUGCAGAGAUCCACAGGGACGACGGCAACUUCGGCGGCGGUGGAUUCUGCUGCUGCUCCGACGCUUGUUGCUCGUGGUGGAAGUGGCUGCUGGGCCUUCUCCUCCUCUCCCUCCUCCUGCUGGGACUUCUCUUCGGCCUCAUCGCGUUGGCUGAGGACGUGAGAAAGCUGAAGAAUCGAGUGGCUACCCUGGAGGCCGAGUCGUCCGUCUCAGCGCGUACCAGUCGGCUGUCAGGCUCUUCUGAUUCCAACAACAACUUGCUUGUGGUCGGUGGAGGUGGAGCUGGAGGAGGUGGUGACGGCACUGACAGCACAGUAUACCUGGACGCUGGAGGUAGAGGCUCAGGCUCCAAAACACGAAUUGGAAUUGCAGCUGGUGCUGCCGGCUCCACAGGUGGAGGUGGAAAUGAUAUCAGUAUCAACGGGGAAGGCUAUGGUGGUGCUGGAAGUGCCGGUGCUGGAAGUGCCGGUGCUGCCAGUGCCGGUGCUGGAAGUGACAGCAGUAGUACCAGUGGUGCCCGUGUUGCCAGUGGUACCGGUAGUGUCAGUGGUGCCCGUGUUGCUGGUGGUGGCAGCGCUGGAGGUGCCGGCACCAGCUUCAGCGGCACCUCCGGCAGUACAGGCACCAGCUUCAGUGGCUUUGGUACUGGUGUGAGUGGAGGACACGUUGACGCUGCCUCUUUCCAGGCGAUGAUUCAGCAGAUGCUCAGAGCUGAAAUGCAGUCACAGACAUUCAGAGCGUUUCUGGUAUCUUCAGCGCAGGGAGAGCGAGGACUUCCUGGACCUAAAGGUGAUGCUGGUUACCCUGGUACUCCAGGUCCUCCAGGUAUGUUGGGACAUGCCGGCCCAGAGGGUCCUAAAGGACAGAAAGGAAGCUCAGGUGAACAUGGGCUGGAGGGGCAACCGGGUGUCAGGGGUCGAGACGGCCUGACUGGCUCCAGAGGUGAGCCAGGUCCUCCAGGCUUUGGAAUGAAAGGUGACAAAGGGGCUCCUGGAGAUGCUGGGGUUGGGUCUGCUGGACCAAAAGGUGCACCCGGAUCACCAGGUGAACCUGGUGCUCAGGGUUUCCGUGGUGAGGCCGGGCCACCGGGGCCUAAAGGUGACAGAGGGCUCCCUGGAUUUCAAGGACUUAAAGGUGAAACUGGUGAGAAAGGUGUCAGAGGAAUGCAAGGUGACCCAGGUAUAUCAGGAAUGCAUGGUCCAGCUGGAGAGAAAGGAUCCAAAGGGUCAAUGGGUCUUUCUGGACAAGAUGGUGCCAAAGGAUCAAGAGGUGACCAAGGACCUGCCGGCCCCCCUGGACUCAGGGGUCCUGCUGGGCCUCCCGGAGACGCCGGUCUUCCAGGAGGACCUGGGCUUCAAGGACCACCAGGAAUACCAGGAAAUCCAGGACAUCCUGGAGCCAAAGGUGAAACUGGUCAAGCAGGCAGAAUCAUCAAUGCAGCUGGUUCCACUUCUGUUGGCAUCCCAGGACCACCUGGGCCUGCUGGUCCUCCCGGCCCUGCAGGAUCUCCUGGAUUAUCAGGUCCAAUCGGCCCUGCUGGUCAGCCUGGCCAGCCUGGUCCUAAAGGUGACAGAGGAUAUAAGGGAGACCAGGGAGAACAAGGAAUAACAGCGAGAAGGACCGAGAGUUUAAGUUCAACCAGAGCUGAGAGUCAUUAUGGAGAAAGUGGAACCUUAAGAUUUUCUAGCCUACCAGGGCCACCAGGUCCUCCUGGCCCACCUGGACGUCCAGGAGAUUCGAGACAGGGACCUCCAGGACCACCUGGGCCUCCAGGUCCGACAGGUUAUGGAAGACCAGGACCUAAAGGAGACAGAGGAGAGUCAGGCUUUUCAUCCAGUUCUGGAACAUAUUACACUGGACCACCAGGACCACCUGGGCUUCCUGGACCUAAAGGAUCAACAGGUUCUCAAGGACCAAGGGGCUAUCAAGGUGAAACAGGACAGCCCGGUGCUCCAGGAAGACCAGGAAGCUCUGAGAGAGUAUCGACAUAUGCUGCAGGAAGUGGGAUCUCUGGACCACCAGGUCCACCAGGGCCUCCUGGACAUCCAGGACCACAAGGAAUCAAAGGUGACACUGGAGCUCCUGGAAUUCCGGGUGCUUCAAGAGGCUCCAUCUCAGUCACUUCAGGCCCUCCUGGUCCUCCAGGUCCUCCUGGUCCACCAGGCCAGACGGGCUCCUUCUCCUCUUCUUCUGAGAUGCGCCAGUACAUCACUGAAUAUCUGAGUAGAAGCCGGCAAUCCAGUAUCCCUGGACCUCCAGGUCCACCUGGGCCUCCAGGAGUCCCUGGAACCUUCUCUGGCUCAAUGGAGGACAUCUCAACCCGUAUUAUUGCAUACAUUCAAAGGUCUGGUUCUGGCCUCAGCAUCGGAGUUCAGGGUCCCCCAGGCCCACCUGGUCCUCCUGGACCUGGCUCUCGAGGCCUAUCGGUUGGUGAGCUCAUCAUCAUGCUUCAGAGGGAUGAUGUGAGGAGAUAUUUGUCAGGACCACCAGGACCACAGGGACCACCAGGACCACAGGGACCAUCAGGUGGACUUUCAGGCAGUUACAGUGCAGAGCAGGUCGCCAUGUACGUCUUCAACAUCAUGAAUGACAGAGGGAUUGCUCGAGGUCCCCCUGGGCCACCUGGAUUACCUGGACCUCCUGGUUCUUCUAGCGGAGGAGUGUCUGGCUUUAGUACCGUUACAAUCGACUAUUCUGCACUGAUGAAAAAUUCAGAGUUCCGCUCAUGGAUCAACUCUGCCGUACAACAAGGUCCUCCUGGACCUCCAGGUGUCCCAGGGCUGACUGGCCCUCCUGGUCCUCAGGGGCCACCAGGAGUCUCCACUGCCACCGUGUUGGGGGCGGGAGCUCGUGGCUACAGCAUGGAGGACAUUCAGCGCCACCUGCAGGGUUCGGGAUUCAGGGGUCUUCCUGGUCCUCCUGGUCCUCCUGGUCCACAGGGUCCACCAGGCAGUUACUCUGGCUCGGUUUCCUACAGUGGAAACCUCCCUCGGGAGAGUAUCCGCGCUGAAGUUCAGGAGUAUCUGACCAGUGACAAUGUACGUCGUUACAUCACCGGACCUCCGGGGCCCACCGGACCUCCAGGACCAAGGGGACCUCAAGGGCAACGCGGCGAGCCGGGUUACAGCCAGAGCUACGUGCAGAGCCAGAGUUACUCUCAGGGUGACGCCCGCUUGCGCUCUGAUCAGAGAGACAUCAGCAAACUCAGUGAGACGCUGGACUACUCCAACGUUGCUUUGAAAGUUACCGACUACAUCCGGAAUCAAGGCCUGUUGCAGGAGUAUCUGGUCGAGGGCCCGUCGAGGACGAACGUGAGAGCGAUUCAAGGACCUCCGGGUCCACCUGGCCCCCCCGGACCAGUUGGUUACAGCCGCGUCAUCGGGUCCUACGGCAACGUCACGGCUGACCUCAUGGAAUUCUUCAGAGCCUAUGGCACCAUCCCCGGUCCUCCAGGAAGCAUUGGACCAAAGGGAGACAGAGGAUACCCAGGACCCAGAGGAGAGAAGGGUGAUCCUGGACAGCCAGGUUUACCUGGAUUACCAGGGGCGUACACGAUCCAGAUUCCACACAAAGUGCAGAAGAGGGACACAGUCAAUAAAAUGCUGCGUCGUCGCCAGCUGCGUCCUCCUGCGGCAACGGGUGGCUGAAGGGUUAACAAACCACUGGAUCAUGUCAGAUUUCAUUUCCAUUUUACUUCACUUUUUUAUUUUUAGGCAUUCAGCAGCAGUAGCAAUGCAAGUAGUCAAAAAGAAAAAAUGCUCCUUAUUGUUUCCAUCUGUAGAAACGUCCGAGGACAGUUAGAGAAAAUAAAUGUGGCCAAAGAAUGCAUCAGUUUCUUUUAAAACUCCAGCAGAGGUAAAGAGUUCAGCUCCCGGUCAGUUUAUAUAAGACAGGCUUCAUUUUUCAUUUUCACAUGUGGGUGUAUGUUUAUUUCGCUGAGUUAGAAGCUUGUAUUCAAACAUUUGGGGCAGCUUUGUCAAAGAGAGGGUUUAUUUUUAAGUGAUAGGAAGCAAAUCGCUGAUAUUUUAGUUUGAACAUUUUCUACUGCUUGACUCCAGCGCCGGUGUACUUUUUUUAUUGUUGUAUCUAUUGAGGAUUAUAUUGUAUUGAGGAUUAUAUUGUUUUAAGUGUUACAUGUUGUAUCAAGGCAAACCAUUGCAAUAUUAACCACGUAAGUUAAACCAACCUUCAGUCUUUAAGACCCCUGGAAGUCGUCCAAUCAUUCACCACACACAAAUUCCAAAACAAUUUGCAUUUCUUAAAUUUAUGAAGCGAUAUGCCAUCAUCAGAGGCCGACACAGUCCCAGUUAGAGCGAGGGCAGUUUGCGGAGCACAGGUGGGGUUGGUUUGGGUCGACGCACAUUAAAAGUUUUUGUUUUUAAAUCACAUUUUUCUCAUGGUUGAAAGACAGGGACUCGUAAUCACUUAUAAAUGAAAGAUUUUGUACAAGACCACACUGAAAUUCAUAUAUUUUCUUUUUACCUGUAAGUGUUGAACACAUUAAAUUAUAAAAUGUUAGCAGA